AAAUGUCAGAAAAAAAAACAAACACAAAGCAGAUAAUAACAAAUAAUAAAUAUUUAUAUCAAGUUUAUUUAAAAAAAGAUAAAAAAGAUUGAACCUACCACUUUAUAAAGUUAUCAUCUCUAAUUCUAACUUUUUAACGAACUAUAGUAAGUAGCAAUGGCUGAUGAAAAUGAUAACGAACGAAUGGACGAUAAUCAAAAAUCAGACAAGAUGUUCACUCUGAAGAAAUGGAAUGCCGUGGCUAUGUGGAGCUGGGAUGUAGAAUGCGAUACCUGUGCUAUAUGUCGAGUUCAAGUCAUGGAUGCUUGCCUUCGAUGUCAGGCCGAGAGCAAAAAGGAUUCGUAUGGAAAACAAGACUGUGUUGUAGUGUGGGGCGAAUGUAACCAUUCCUUCCAUUAUUGCUGUAUGUCUUUGUGGGUUAAACAGAACAAUCGUUGUCCCCUUUGUCAACAAGAGUGGUCCAUACAAAGAAUGGGAAAAUAGGAUAGUUUGCUAUUUUACAGACUUACAGUGAACAGUUUAUUAUAUAGGUUAUUCUGUGAAACUGGUAUUGUAUGUUAUAUUAUACCCUCUACGGCAUUAAAAGAUUUUAAUGAACUUAAAUAACUAUAUUUAAGA